CGAGAAGCGCGCGAGUCGCUGUGGCGCGCGGCGAAGGAACAGCCGUUUGCUUUCGAAGCGCUCCUUCAGCGGCCCCCAGACAGGCCUCGCCGGAGUCGCUCAAGCCACGCGCUCUGCACUAACGAUCCAAUCCCGAGCCGGGUAACGGGUGGCGCUUCGGGGCAGCCGUUCUCGACUCAGGAGCGGCCCGACUCUCUUCGCCCCUCGCCUGCCGGUUCCUGGGAGCGCGUUCCUUUUAACUCAAGUUAUUGUCGGGCUCUGAGACUAUUAAACUGGGUGCCUCGCUUCUCUCUUUGGUGUUUGACUGGCGGUGCCUUAAUGUUUCCGUUCACUUGGGACUAACUCUUCGGAGUAGUCCCGCUGGGGUUUAGGAGAGGAGAGAAUUGUUAGAAAGUCUUUCGGAGCUAUUCAAUGCGCUUCAACCAUGGGCCGUAAACAUGAAGGAAAGGGGGGUUCGACUUUAUAAGUGUCCUUAUAAAGGCGUGUUUUUCUUUAUUUCACGUGAAGGAGCAUAAAGCGCGUGCUGGCUUCUGUCUUUUCCAGCCCCACGCCGCUUUUCUGGUUUCUUUCUGCCUUCCAAGAGCUUCGCUUUUCUUUCCAGCCAUCAGGGGGCGCUUUAAUACGUAGUGACCGGAAGACUCUAAAAGACCCCGUCGCCUAGCAACCGCCCUCGUAUCCUAAACAAAACUGACACGCGGGGAGAGAAAUCGGCACCCGCAUUUGGCAGCUGGCAACCCUACUGCUGAGAAAGGCUGGAGUAUGUCACCCGCUAGGAACUCUUUUCCAUUCCCUCAUUACGAAAAUGAAAACACAUACAGUGAUAAUAGGAAUGCACAGAACACCUCCUAUGGCAUGCCCUCCCAUCUUUCUCAGCAACAAGAUACCUGGAGUAGGCUACAUGGAACAGCAACUUUGGCAAGCAUUAGAAGAGAAGUCUGGUACUCAGACUCUGAGAUUUCUAAAGACAGUUUGGAUUUUAAUCUCAGUUCUCUAUACAAUCACCAUGAAGACCUGCUUAAAAACAAAAGUCAAGUAGUCCUCCAUAAAGAGACCCUCCUGGAUGACCAUGGAACACUGAAGGUUUUAGAGCCUGUGAAGAAAUACACUUCAGUUCAGCAUCCUACCUCCAAGGGUAUUACUGUGAGACACUGGGUUAAUCCUGUAAAAGAAUCUAUCCACCACAUUGAGGGAGCCAUUGAAGCUCCACAUACUGCUGCCACAAAUAGUGGAUAUUCCCGUAAAGAGAAUGGUGGGAUCUUCUAUCAUUAAUGAUUUUUGCAGAGUCAUGUUGCAGCUUUAUUCCCUUUGGCCUGUAAUUGCUGCCCAUAUGCUAACUCUUGGCUCACUGUAUGCUUAGUUUUCAGAUCAUCCAUUAAACCAGCCAGCUUCACUGAAUUUUAGUAAAAGCUCAACUGUGCUGUAUUUGAAAAAGCAGCCUGUUCUUGCCAAUGGACCGAGCCCCAAACAUAAUAAUUCAGAUAUUUGAUUAGGAGGAGUCAAAUAAUAAAAUCUAGUCUACUUUGGACUCAGCUCCAAAGAAGAUACUAUUUAU